AUGUCAUUAUUUAAAACUAGAGACUGGUGGUCUGUUGGUGUGGGAGAAGAAGAGGAGUUUGAUUUUGGAUGUCUAACAGUUGGCAACAUAGACAACAGCUCUGAUGAUCUUGGUAAAUAUAAUCUUUCCCAAAGCGAUAUGACCUCUCACUCAAUUAGAUACACACAUAACACUGACUCUACAACUGGUAUAAAAGCCUUUGAUCUGUUAGAGACUGUAGCAAUGAGUGACAAUGGCACCAGUCCGUCUGAACUCUGUCAGGCCCGCUCAGUGACAGAAAGUAAUCAGCUAGCAGUUUUACAUCCCCGAAAAUUAGCAGUUUAUAGCAUCAAAGCUAUAUCAGGUACAGUAGAACAUGGUCAACAAUAUCAGAUACAACUCUUAUAUGAACACAACCUCCAGAGAACAACUUAUAAUUUCUGUUACGGACCAUUCGGUGGGGUGAAAGGAAAAGAUUUUAUCUGCGUUCAGUCUAUGGAUGGAACGGUCUCCUUUUUUGAACAAGAAAGUUUUGCAUUUUGCCGCUUUUUACCGGGGGCGUUAUUGCCCGGUCCAAUAAGUUAUAUACCAAGAUUAGAUAGUUUUGUCAUUGUCUCUUCUUCAUGGCAGGCAGAAUCAUACAAAUAUCAAUCCUUGGCAUCUGCAGCAGAAAGUCCAGGUGUCAAUGAAACACAAAAUAUCAAAUCUGGCAAAAAAGUUGUGGCUGACUGGACGUUUUCACUGGGAGAACCAGCUCUAGAUAUUUAUGUUAUGUCAGGGAUUCAAACCUCACAACAAUUCUUUGUUUUUCCAGGUGAAAGAAAUAUUUUCUGUCUCAGUGAAGGUGGAGUGUUAAAAUAUAUGUCUAAAAUGGAGUAUGAUCCGACUUGUUUCUGUCCCUAUGCUUCAUUGGCAGAAGGGACGAUAAAUUAUAUGGUUGCCACGACAACCAAUUCACUAAUGGUAUGCCAAGACGUCACUUUAAAAUGGGCAGCGAAAUUAGAACAUGUUCCAGUUCAAAUUAAAGUGGCAAAUUUUCAAGAUUUAAAAGGCUGUAUAGUGACAUUAAGUGAUGAUGGACAUUUACAGUGUUCCUAUCUUGGCACUGAUCCUGCAAUAUUUAUACCACCAUCCACUGAAGCCAGAGAACUCAACUAUCAGGCCAUGGAUCUGGAAAUGUCCAAACUACAGAAGAAAAUCCGGGAGAAAGCACACAAAUCAGUGAUAACACCUAAUUUAAAAACUGAUGAUGAUUUACAGUUAUCUGUACAAGCUAAUCAACAACUUGAUGAUAUCUCAGUGAGUAUGAUAAGAACAUUAGAUAGAGACAGUCUUUAUUAUGUAUUUCUUUUUCAGAUAACUGUAAAAUCCAAAACAUUGAUUGAGAAUAUACAGAUAGAUAUACAUACCAACUGGCCUCUAGCCUCCAGUCAAUAUAGCUAUGAAAUCCCUUCACUAGAAUCUGGUAAAAGUACAGAACUCAGUGUAAAAUACUAUAUCAAAGGUCACAGUUUACCUUGUAAUUUAGUUUCUGAAGUCACUGCAAGAUAUCUUAAUGCAGUGGGAGCUCCACGCAUAGUAACAGCUAAAGUGAAGCUACCGUUAAAAUUAAUAGUUCGGCCUGUCUAUCCUAUGAAGAAUGCAGAAUACAAGUUAACAAUAGACACCAAUAAACCUCCUGUUAAUCUGAAUGAUAUAUUUCCAGAUUUGUUGGGAGAAAACGCUGGAGGUGCAGGAGCUGCAUUAGGAUUUCAAUUUUUCGGGGGUCCAACUGUUACUAUUCUAGCUUCUAAAACAUCACAAAGAUAUCGUAUCCAAUGUGAUCAGUUUGAAGCAAUGUGGUUACCAUUAAAAGAAUUAGUUGAAAGAAUGUCCUCCUAUCUUAAUCGUGGUAAAUCAGGAGACUUCAAACCAUCUUUUGAUGGCUCGCUGCCUUUACAGGAAUAUUUUGAGUUGAUCGAGGCACAUUUUGAGUAUAGAAUGAAUUCCGUGAAAUGUAAAGAAAUGUUGGGUCAAAGGUCAAGUCAGUUUCGUGUCAUACAACGAAGAUUACUGACCAAAUUUAAAGAUAAAACUCCCUCACCAUUACAGAAUCUUGAUACGUUGCUAGAGGGCACAUAUAGACAGUUAUUAGCCCUGGCAGAAGCAAUAGAAGAUAACGACCAUGCCCAGAAUGUAACGUCAAAUAAUUUGAGUAGUGGUACUUAUUUAUUAAACUAUCUUAUUAAACUAUGGUUAGAUUUAUCAGAGGAAGAAUUUAACAUAUUGACAGCAGCUAUAACACCACGAGUCAAUGAUAAUGACCAACAUGGUUGGGAAGAAAUGGUUGAUGCUGCAGUGACUCAUCUCUUACGAACAGUAUUAGCUAAAACUGCUAAAGACACGGCAAUCAAUCCUUCACCCCUCACUAUACCAAACGAUACUUCAAAGGUGAAGAAACAUCUCGCUUUAUUCUGUGAUAGACUCGGUAAAGGUGCUAGACUUGUUGAAGGUUUGAGAGGUAAGAAUUUGGUUGUUCAAGCUCCUGUUAGUGUUUCUGAUAUCAAUUCCUCAUCAGGACAGAUGAUUUGGAUUCUGCCAUAG